AUGACCAGCCCUCAGUAUGAUCUGGUCCUUUUGGGCCCCACUGGGUAUACCGGUCGUUUCUGCGCCGACCAUAUCGUGCAAAACCACCCCACCAAUUUGAAAUGGGCGAUCGCAGGCCGUUCAGCGUCGAAGAUGGACCCCAUCGCUAAAGAGCUCCAGGCGCUGGUCCCAGACCGAGUACAGCCAGAUGUCCUCGAGGUCCAGCUAAACUCGGCCGAGCUAGAUGAGCUGGCGAAGAAGACGAAGAUCAUCAUCAACUGUGUUGGCCCUUACCACAAGUACUCCUCUCCCGUGGUGGAGGCUUGUGCUCUUAAUGGCACACAUUAUCUGGAUGUCACCGGCGAGACUCCAUGGAUUAAGAUCAUGAUUGACAAAUAUCAUGAGACAGCAAAGAACAACGGCGCAAUUAUCAUCCACUCGGUGGGUGUCGAGAGUGCCCCCGCCGACAUGCUCGCCUGGGCUCUGGUCAAGAAAGUCCGUGAGGACCUCUCUUGCAACACCCGCGAAAUAUACAGCUGUAUUAAGGAACUGAAGUCCUCCGGUGCCAGCGGCGGUACCCUCAACACUAUCAUCAGUAUCUUCGACUGGCUCCCAACCUCCAAGCUCCUCAAAUUCGCCGGUCCUUUCUCACUAACAGCCGGCGCACCGCCCAAGGACAUUCCCCGCGAAACGAUUCUCCAAAAGCUGCUCGGUGCACGCUCAGUGCGCGACCUGGGCACACUGACCACCUCACCAAACGGCAUGGCCGAUAUGGCGAUCGUGUACCGCAGCAGCACACUCAUGCCGGAAUUCUACGGGAAGCGCUUCGCCUUCCACCAAUUCCUCAAUGUCCGCAACGUCUUCAUCGGCGCACUUGUGCACGUUGGUAUGAUGGUCGGCCUAUCACUGCUCCUUCUUCCACCUGUACGCUGGUUACUGCGAAAGUUCAUCUUCGCCCCGGGCAAUGGCCCAAGUAUGCAGAAUUCGCUGAAUGAUCGCAUGGAAUACCAUGCCGUCGCGACGGCGGAUCAGCAGGGUCCUUCACCUCAGCGUGUCUUUGGCAAACUUACCUACAAGGGUAGUAUGUAUGUGUACACUGGAUUACUUGUUGCCGAGGCCGCCAUGGUCAUUCUUGAGAAUGAAGAGAAGAUCAAGAAGGUCUCGCGUGGCGGUAUCGUUACGACUGCGGCGUUGGGCCAGGAGUUUGUUGACCGGCUGGAUCAGGUGGGAUGUCGUAUUGAAACUCAGGUGUUGGAGUAUUAG